AUGGGCCGGAAUCCGGAGGAAAUACCUAAGCUUACCAUUGUGCUAGAGAAGGAGCACCGGGCACAGCUCCCCGUGAAGGCUUAUAAGUAUGUGCUGGCUAUUGUUUGCUUAUUUUCAGACCUGAGAAGGAGCAGCUUGGACAUGGAAACAAGGGCUUACGGCGAGGAGCCUUGGUGGACGGUGCCUAAAAACUUCCAUCUUCCACUGAUAUUUUACAUGGAGGAGGAGCAGGAGGAGCGCAUCUUUGGCCGCCAGGACGCAGACCUUCAUCGCGUGGAGGUGCACAGCCACUGCCUCAUCCAGCUGGAAAGCUGGUUCACAGCCACAGGCCAGACACGCGUCACUGUUGUCGGACCACCUGAGGCCAGGCAGUGGCUGUGCCUCAUGGUCUGGAACUUGGAGAGUGGGGACUCGGACCGGCAGGCCCAAGGCCUUGAGAUGCUGCAGCAUGUCCGGAGCCAGUCACUGACCAAGGAUGACCUGGCAGCCACCCCCCGUAUUCAGCGGCACCCCACGGCCCUGACUUUGCCAGUCAGGGUGGGCAGGCCUGUCCAUCCUAGGCUUUCUCAGGCUUUGCCUCACCGGUGGGCUGGUCCUUCUGGAUUCCGUUAG